GAUAAUUAUUAACCAUAUAUUCACAUUUUCUAUAUAAGCAUACUCUCUCUCUCUCUCUCUCUCUCUCUCUCUCUCUCUCUCUCUCUCUCUCUCUCUCUCUCUCUCUCUCUCUCUCUCUCUCUCUCUCUCUCUCUCUCUCUCUCUCUCUCUCUCUCUCUCUCUCUCUCUCUUUCUUGAUUUUCUAUAUAUUAGCCUCAACCAUAGUACAUAUAUACACGGUAUACAGCAAUGGACAAAAAAAAGUUAAUCGCCAUAUUCCACUGCUUUUCCUUGUUAUUCACUCUACCAAUAAUAUCAAUCACCACCGCAUCUUCGCCACCAUCGCCGUCCAUACCGGCAGUUUUCGCAUUCGGCGACUCUACCAUUGAUCCGGGCAACAACAACGGCCUAACCGGCCUCUCGGCGAUCUUCACCGCUAACCACCCUCCAUAUGGGAAGGAUUUACCUACGCAGAAGCCCACCGGUAGAUUCUCCAAUGGAAAAUUGGUCACAGACUUCUUAGUCUCCAACUUUGGCAUUAAAGAGUUCUUGCCACCCUACUUGGAUCCUACUCUCUCCGAAGCCGACUUGGCCAGCGGUGUCAGCUUCGCCUCGGCGGGGGCCGGCAUUGAGAACGGCACCAACACUGCCUUCAGAGGCGUGGUGAGCACGGCUAGGCAGUUGGAGUAUUUUGAUGAGGCCAUGCAAAGGAUAGAGAGAUACGUUGGGAAAGAUAGGUGUGAGGAGUUAGUUAGGGACUCGUUGUUUGUGUUCAGUACUGGCUUUAAUGACGUGCUCUACAAUCAAGCAUUGGGCUUAUUGUUCAAUAAUCAAAUAUUUCACGACAGUUCCUCAAGUUCAAAUGAUGCUUCUAACUACCAAGGUAUUUUGGUACAAACACUUGGCUCAUACAUUCAGAAAUUAUACUCAAGAGGGGCUCGUAAGUUUGGUGUGGCUGGUCUGGCACCAGUAGGGUGCUUACCAUUGGUGGUGACAGCAGGGAGUAUAUUAGCGCCAAGCUUAAAGCACAUAUUGGAGCGAGUGUGCGUAGAGCCACUCAACCUCUAUUCCCAAGCCUACAAUACCAAGCUUCAAGCCUUUCUCAUUGCCCUUCAACACUCCUUGCCUGCCUCUAAAAUUGCCUACUUUAAUGCUUAUGAUCCUCUCCUUGACAUGGUCAAUAACCCAUUUAACUAUGGGUUUGAAGAAAGUGUUCGAGGAUGUUGUGGAACGGGGUUGUUGGAGGUGGGUCCUUUUUGCGUUUCGGGUAUGACAACGUGUGUGGAUCCAUCCAAAUACGUCUUUUGGGAUUCCGCUCAUCCAACACAAGCAGCAUACAUGAUUCUUGCCAACCAGUUUUCACACGUAGUACUCAAUAUAUAGCUAUUUUAACAGUAAUUAUCUCAUUAUUAUUAGAUAUUACUUACAUAUAUUUAUUCAUCAUACUCAUGCAGUGGUAAUUAUCUGUAUCUCAAAACAUUGUACUCCACACAUUAUAAUAUUGCUCACAUAUUUCAACAA